AUGUUCGCUGCCACCCGUAUCGCCUCCUCUGUUGCCGCCAAGCGUGCUUUCUCUACUUCUGCUGCUAACCUCUCCAAGGUUGCUGUCCUUGGUGCCUCUGGUGGUAUUGGUCAACCCCUCUCUUUGCUUAUGAAGGAGAACCCCCAUGUCACUGAACUCUCCCUUUACGAUAUCGUCAACACUCCCGGUGUUGCUGCUGAUUUGAGCCACAUCAACACCAACUCCGUUGUCAAGGGCUACACUGCUGACAAUGAGGGUUUGAAGAAGGCUUUGGAGGGUGCUCACGUUGUUGUUAUCCCUGCUGGUGUUCCCCGUAAGCCUGGUAUGACCCGUGAUGACUUGUUCAACACCAACGCUUCCAUUGUCCGUGACCUUGCUGAAGCUUCUGCCAAGUACUGCCCUAACGCUCACUUCCUCAUCAUCUCCAACCCUGUCAACUCCACUGUUCCUAUCUUCGCCGAGACCUUGAAGAAGGCUGGUGUCUACAACCCUAAGCGUCUCUAUGGUGUUACCACUUUGGAUGUUGUCCGUGCCUCCCGUUUCGUUGCUGAAGUUAAGGGCAAGGAUCCUAAGGACUGCAAGGUUACCGUUGUUGGUGGUCACUCUGGUGUCACCAUUGUUCCCCUUCUUUCCCAAACCGGUGAAACCUUCACCAAGGAGGAGCUUGAUGCUUUGACCCACCGCAUCCAAUUCGGUGGUGAUGAAGUCGUCAAGGCUAAGGAUGGUACCGGUAGCGCUACUCUUUCCAUGGCUUUCGCUGGUGCUCGUUUCGCCAACUCCGUUUUGGAAGCUACCGUUGGUGGCAAGAAGGGUGUUGUUGAGCCCUCUUUCGUUGAGUCUGAACUCUUCGCCAAGGAAGGUGUUGAAUACUUCUCCAGCAACAUUGAACUUGGUCCCAACGGUGUUGAGAAGAUCAAUGGUCUUGGUGAGAUCUCUGACUACGAGAAGGAGCUUAUCAGCAAGGCUGUUCCUGAGCUCAAGAAGAACAUUGCCAAGGGCAAGGCUUUCGUCCAGUAA